GCGAGACAUACGAUGCAAUAUGGCCGCUGCCAUCAGCACCUGAAAAGCGUUUUGUGACCGUUUUGUUGUGUUACAUAUCUCUUUUAGCACAAAGGUAUGGGAUCGAAGAAGCACAAGGAAAAGGACAAAGAGAGGACUAAGGAAAAGAAAAAGUCUCGUCGGUCGUCGAGGUCCAGAUCUCGCGAAAGGGAGCGAGAGCCUAGAGAAAAACAUAAGCACCGGGAUCGCAAAAGAACCCGAGGUUCUGAGGAUGAUCUUCCCCCUGUGCCCGAGAAAGUCAGGGUGAAGGAGGAGCGAUCUCCACCAGGAAGAAGCAAACCAGACAGUCCAGAGUCGGAAGAUGAAGCAAGGGGGGAGAAACUCUCUCUCAGCGUUGAUGACACAAACAAACUACGGGCAAAACUGGGCCUAAAACCACUCCAGGUAGACAGCGGUAGUAUCCCAGGUCUGGGCGAUGCUCCACCUGGGGACGUCGAUGAGGAACAAACUGAGAAACGCAAGGAAGUCUUUAUCAAGACAGAAAACAUUCAAGACAAGUUGCAGGUUGAGAAGCUUAGGGAGAAAAUAGCUGCGAACAGAGAAAAAAGGAAGUUCCAGAAGCGAUAUCAGGAUGUCAAGACAAUUGCAGAAUCAGAUGAAGAUCUAGACGAUGCAUUGGCGUGGGUCAGAAAAAGCCGCAAACUGCAUGAAGAAAAAGCCAAAGCAGCCAAGAGGGCCAAGGUGCUGGAAGAACUUGAUGAAGAAUUUGGCGUGGGAAAGUUGGUGGAAGAAGAAAUCAAGGGGAGUGCUUCCAAGCGAUACUCAGCCAAGAAUCUGAAAGGCCUAGAAGUGGUCCACGAUGUGAAUCGCAUCAAGGAAGGCCAUGUUGUUGUGCUCACUUUGAAAGACAAAGCUGUUCUUGAUGAUGGAGAUGACGUCCUAGAAAAUGUCAACAUGGUAGACGACGAAAAGGCGGAGAGAAAUGUUGAGAACAAGAAGAGAAAGCCAGGUUAUAUUCCGUACGAAGACACUGAGGUGGACGAAUUUGGAAUUGUGAAAAAGAAGUCACUUCUCUCCAAAUAUGAUGAGGAACUGGAAGGUAUCAAGCAGGACAAGUUUAAAAUAGGUGUUUCGAGUGAGGCCAGCAAGGAACGGGAGCUUGAAAUUGUGCGAAUGAAACUCAAGCAGAAGCAAGAGGAAUCGUUGGUAACACCAGCUCUACAACUGGCUCUAGAAUAUUACACUCCAACUGAAAUGGAAAAGUUCAAAAAGCCAAAAAAGAAAGUGCGGAAGAUACGCAAGCGCGAUAUUCUCAAACCAGAAGAGUUAGCACCUCUCCCUGGUCACGAAGCAGAUCCCAACAGAGAUAUGGGUUCCAGGAAACGCAUUGGCCAGUACAAUGAACCAGCGUUUGUCAACAUGCAAAGUCAGGAAUUCUUCCCAGAAGCAAAGGCAAAUGUGCCAGCCGAAGAAGAAGAUGUUGUUGGCCCCGAGGAGGACCUUACAGGCGUAGCUGUUGAAGAAGAUGAUAGUGAACAAGUCUUAGAAGCUGCGCUGACCAAAGCACGACGGCUGAAACGAGUUGACUUUCAGUCAGUAGAAAAGAUAGCAGAGUCUGUACGCAAGACAGGUGAACUAGAAGAGUACGGCAGUGCGUCACAAUCAAACAAGUCUAUCAUCCUCAACUCCACAGCAGAGUUUUGUCGGACUCUGGGAGACAUACCAACUUAUGGGAUGUCGGGCAAUCGAGAUGAAGAGGUUGAUGAACUCAUGGAUUUGGAAGAAGAAGAGAACCCAGAAGAAGCUCCACCUGACAUUUUGGUCAAAGGAGCCUGGAACGAAGUUGACAUCGAUGAGAGACCGGCUGAAAUUGAGGAUCACGAGAAAAAGCCUAUUUUGGAAGAAGAGCCUGAUGUUUCUGUUGGUGUAGCAGGAGCUCUACAGUUGGCCUUCAAGAAAGGCUACAUCGAAAAGGAUGACAAGAAUCCGACUGGAACAACAAAGUUCAGCCACUUGCAAGCGCAGUCUUACACAAUUGAGGAGAAGUUCUACGACGACGACAAAGCGAGUCGCCGCGACCGCUACAGCGGCCCCGUAUCGGACUUCAAAGAGAAAGAGACGUACAAACCCGACGUGAAGCUGGAGUACAUCGACGAUGGUGGACGGAUACUCAACGCCAAGGAGGCCUUCCGGUACCUUUCGCAUAAGUUCCAUGGCAAAGGCUCGGGCAAAGGCAAAGUGGACAAACGACACAAGAAAGUGGAACAGGCAGUGAAACUGAAACAGAUGAGUUCAACGGACACUCCAUUAAGCACCCUCAAGUUGUUGCAGGAAAAGCAGAAGGAACUGCAAACACCAUACAUUCUCCUCAGUGGUGGCAGCAAGGCUUUUAGCCAGAGUUCAUUGAUGAAGCCCAAGUGACCGUCGAUGGUUCUGAAAAUGCUGUACAUAGUCCUUGAAAAUGUAAUCAUUCGUCUCUCCCAA